AUGGACUUCGGUGAAAGAAUUAAUUGUUGUAAUGUAUUAGAUAAAGUAAGAGCUUCCCCAUUAGCAAAAUUUUUAGAACCAAUUAUGUCUAAGCACUAUGAAGCUAAAAUUUCCAACCUAACCUUAGAAAUGAUAUACGACAACGUGCAAUCAGGAAAAUAUCAAUCAUCCAAUAAAGUUAUAGAUGAUGUGAGUCGAGCAAUUAACAAUUUAAUAAAAAUUAGCGGUAAAAAUUCAAAAAUUGGCUUAGCUGGACAAACAUUAUUGCAAAUCUUUUACGAAGAAAUGGAUAAAGUUAUCGCGUCUUCAAAGAAUAAUAGUACGUCUCGCGAAUUAAAUAUAAUUGCUGAUAAAAUAAAGGAAUUAUCAAAUGAAAUUUGUAAUUCACCAGAUCAAAUGCCUAAAGAGGGAGAAGUAACAAAUUCUCUUCCUAAGAAACCAUUUAUACAAGGAGGAUUUGAUCAUUUAGUUGUAGAAGUGUUCGAUUUUAGUGCAGAUGGCGUUUCAGCUGAAAGCGACGAAGCAAUACAGAAAUUAGCAGCUCUUGCUACAUCUUACGAUAAAACUAUUGUUCCAAAGAAAAACAAAUUUUCAUUCAAAUUCUCACAGCUCUCUCCAUUUGCUUUAUCACUGAUCAAAAAGUAUAUCAACAGUAUUGAUUCUGAUAUUAUAACAUGUAGAUAA